UCCAAUCAUGAGUAGAGUGUGCAACAACGUUCUCCUUGCUUUGUGUUCGAUCCUUUUUAUUGGCCGACGUUCCCAUUCGUCGACAACGGACCUGACGCGUACCAGCGGUCUCGCAAAGCUGCAAUUCCAGGACGUAAACUCAACGCACGUGUACACCUACAACGCGACAACGCCCACUGUCUACAUUGAAGUCCAAGCCUGCAGUGGGAUAUUUAGAUGGACAUUUUCGGAUCCUUCAGGCAACGUCGUGGCCAACGGAGGCUACAGCGGCUUUGAGGUCGAGGCUGGUGGCAGUCUGGGAGGACGUCAUAGCGAAAGCUACUUCAACGACACAUCCCCGGAUGGUGUUUAUCAUCUAGUCAUUGAAACUGGUGGCGGUGGUUGGCUGCCGCAUGUCUUCUUUGAGAUAUUUAUAUCGUCGGCAGUGAAACAGGAGACUGCUCCUCGGAUACCGGAUGAUGACAGGGUGAGAGCUACUCUAUCGACGUCUAAUCAAGUUCAGUUGUCAUGGCAACCGUCAACCACUAGUGGAGUUAAAUAUUGUAUUUAUUAUCACAAGGAAGAUGACGUUGAUUAUUCCUUCGUUCAUAGUAGUACGUGUAGCACUCACUACACACAUGCCGGAACUGUUAAGAAAUGUACUACAAACCCAAACUUUAAGGUCGUCGGUCUGGUUCCUGGAACGACGUAUAACUUCAAUGUGGUUAUGACUGUUCCUCCGAGUACCAUAAGAUCAGUCUAUAGAGGCGUACAAGUUGGAACACUGAAUACUUCCGACCUGGUGGGAAAAUGGGCAGUCAUUGGUCGAAUGGAAACCGAUGUACUCACUGAUCGUCAGAUCAAGGGCAGUUAUGUCAAAGAAAAUCAUGAACGACAGUAUGAUUUUUUAGUUGGACAUCCAAACAAAGUAAUCCGAUUCAUUGUUAAGCCGUGUGGUGGCUUUAUGGAGUGGAUCAUUACUGCUCCAAAUGGGACAAUAAUUCAACAGGAAUCUUUUGCGGGCACUGAUCUGUCGGGAGUUUCUAUGAAUGGUAACUUGCCUCGAGUAUCCACAGACAUGACUAUCAGCAAUCCACAAUUUGGAAUAUACCAAAUCACGGUUCGAGGUGGUACACACAUGUCUGAUCCCAGCUCUUAUGUCUAUUUCCACCUGUUUGUUACAACUGAUGUCAACACUCAUUACUAUCCUGAGCUACCCAAGGAUGACAGGAUAAAGGUGGUAGAGCACAGUGUGGACAGUGUGACCAUAUCAUGGUCUCCUUCUCCCACACAAGAUGUGAACUACUGCGUGUUUUAUCAUGAUGUGAAAUAUGGUCAACAGGAUUUUGUAUACAGCAGCAGCUGCAGUGCUCAUUAUACGAGUGUCUCUAUCCACGGACCGUGUGUGACUGGCACCACAGUGACAUUGGCCAACAGAACAUCAAACUCUCUCAUCUACUCAGGCUCAUCCUACUACAUCAAUGUGGUUGUGAAAAAACCGAGUGUAUCUUCGUUUCGUUCAGCGUAUAAGGCAGUUCUGGUUAGCUUAAUAGAUCCAACUUUAUCACCAUCAGUCACCGCCUCAGAUGUGGCAGCUAGCGAGCCUGUAACUCGACCACCUAAACCAGUGACCAGCGAAACUAAAAGCUCUGAAGCAGGAUGUUCGUCAACAUUGGCUUCAUUUAUUUUGACAAUCACUGCAUUCUUAGUCUUACUGUAGUAGCCUGACAAUGUAAGUUGAAUGGGAAGAUUUCUGUAUCUGUUGUUUAUCUUUUACUAUUUCCUUAAUUUGAUUGGUAGAAUUGUAUAUUAGCCCGUUUUGUCCUAUCCCUUCAAUACAGCAGCAAGAGAGUUGAGAUUG